ACGUCUGAACUAGGUGACGUCUGGGCCCCGCCCAUCCGCUCCUCUGGGUUUCCCUGCCAGCGCGCCGUUGCCAUGGCAGCGGGGGGCGCGGCUGACGUCCGGCGGCGUUUCCUGAAACAUGGCGGCUCUCGAAGCGGCUGCUGAACCGGUAACGGGGGUAGCGGCCGUUGGACCAAAGGCGAAGGACGAAGAAGAGGAAGAGGAGUCGCUUCCGCCGUGCGAGGCAGUGCGCUGGGCGCCGGUGGGGGCGGUGGCAGAGGCCGGGCCCGGGGCGGCGGCGUUCUCGGAAGAGGCGGCGGCCGAGGAGCCCGGAGCGGCCCCGGGCUCCCCACCGGACUCGCCGGGCCGGACGCUGCGGCGGCUGCGGGCCGAGCGGCGGCGGCUGGACUCGGCGCUGCUCGCGCUGUCCUCGCAUUUCGCGCAGGUGCAGUUCCGCCUGCGGCAGGUGGUGCGCGGGGCGCCGGCGGAGCAGCAGCGCCUCCUGAGCGAGCUCGAGGACUUUGCCUUCCGCGGCUGCCCUCACGUCCUGGGUUGCGGGAGCCCAGAGGACCCCACCAGCGAUGAUGGCGACGGGAUGCCGGGGGACCGGCCACGGUUGCGGGGCGAGGACCAGAGUGAGCAGGAGAAACGGGAACAUCUGGAAACCCAAAGGGAGAAGCAGAAGGAACUGAUACUGCAGCUCAAAACGCAGCUCGAUGACCUGGAGACGUUUGCCUAUCAGGAAGGCAGUUACGACUCCCUGCCGCAGUCCGUGGUCUUGGAAAGGCAGCGGGUGAUCAUCGAUGAGUUAAUAAAGAAACUGGACAUGAAUCUGAACGAGGACCUCAGCUCACUGUCCACUGAGGAGCUUCGGCAGCGUGUGGAUGUAGCUGUAGCUCAGAUCGUCAACCCAGCCCGAGUGAAAGAACAGCUGGUUGAGCAGCUGAAAACUCAGAUCCGAGACCUCGAGAUGUUCAUCAGCUUCAUCCAAGAUGAAGUAGGAAGCCCAUUACAGACAGGUAGUGGACACUGUGAGUGCAAGGCCAGUGGGAAGACAGGAAACGGCUCCUGCAGAACUGGCAGCAGCAGACCACCUCCAGGAAACAGCAAAACGAAGGCAGAAGACAUGAAGAGAGUUCGGGAGACAGGGCUGCACCUGAUGCGGCGAGUGCUGGCAGUGCUCCAGAUCUUUGCUGUUAGCCAGUUCGGUUGCGCCACGGGCCAGAUCCCGCAGACCCUGUGGCAGAGGGACCAGGCUGACAGGGACUACUCUCCCUUAUUGAAGAGGCUGGAGGUGUCAGUAGACAGGGUGAAGCAGCUGGCUUUGAGGCACCAGGCGCACGACCAUUUCAGCAGCUCCGCCAGCCUCCAGGACCUCUCUCUGGGAGGCAAGGAUGAGCUGACCGUGGCUGUGCGGAAGGAGCUGACUGUGGCUGUGAGGGACCUGCUGGCCCAUGGACUGUACGCCUCUUCACCGGGGAUGAGCCUCGUCAUGGCCCCCAUCGCCUGUCUGCUGCCGGCCUUCUCCUCGGCCCCCGAGGCCAUGCACCCCUGGGAGCUCUUUGUAAAGUACUACCACGCUAAGAACGGCCGUGCUUACGUGGAAUCCCCCGCCCGGAAGCUCUCACAGUCCUUCGCCCUGCCUGUCAUGGGAGGCACUGCGGUGACGCCCAAGCAGAGCCUGCUGACAGCCAUCCACGUGGUGCUGACAGAGCACGACCCGUUUAAGCGCAGUGCAGACUCGGAGCUGAAGGCCUUGGUGUGCAUGGCGCUGAAUGAGCAGCGUCUCGUGUCCUGGGUGAACCUCAUCUGCAAGUCGGGGUCGCUCAUCGAGCCCCACUACCAGCCCUGGAGCUACAUGGCACACACGGGCUUUGAGAGUGCCCUCAACCUGCUCAGCCGCCUUAGCAGCCUCAAGUUCAGCCUCCCUGUAGACCUGGCUGUGCGCCAGCUCAAGAACAUCAAAGAUGCCUUUUGAUGAGAAUGCCCUGGCCCCAGACCAGCAUCUUGCUCAGUAAGGAUAGAUGGUUAGUCUUCUCGGAUAAGAGCAAGAAUGAGGAGGAGGGGCUAAAGACAUUUUCCCUAGCCAGAUGAUGCAAAGUCUCUCUCCCCCAUCAACUUAGCAUCUCAGAAAGAUAUGCUGGAGAUCCUCUUGUUAAAAGGUUCUGCCCUGGCGUGUAACCACGGUGUGCAUGUGAGCACAUAUACUUGAGCCUGUUGAAAAGAAGUCAGUCAUGGCACACCCUCUUCACGCCAUGUCUGAUUUGUAGAAAAUCCGGGUUGCUGUAACCAUUCUCUUCACGGUGGUGAGGGACAGCAUGAGUGAGUUGUUGGUCCUGGAAGACAUACAACUUAAGGCUCCUGUCAGUCAAGUUGCGAGCCAUCUUCCUUCACUUGAAGCAGGUUUGAGAGAGUCCUAGGUCAGAAUUCAAACUCCUUUUGUGAAUACUGAUGCCUCUUUCUUCCUGACCCCAAGGUCAGGGGAGGCCCUGUGUGUUCCAUAGCUGCCUCUAAAACCAGGAGUGGGAAUAUCUGAGAACAGCAUUUCUAAGGGUGUUUACCACAGUUGGUUUUUUUUUUUUUUUUUUUUUUAAAUUUGGCUGCGCUGAGCAGCUUGCGGGAUCUUAGUUCCCCGACCAGGGAUUGAACCCCGGGCCCACAGCAGUGAAAGCGCCAAGUUUUAGCCACUGGACCGCCAGGGAAUUCCCCAAAGUUGAUUUUAAUAUGAGCCCUUUUUCGUGUAGAGGUAAGAACUGAAAUCUGUCCCUGACCACGUGGUCCUUUCCUCACAGCCCAGAUGAUGGUCUUUCGGUUUUGGAGCUGGUUUACCAGGACAGCCACCGUCUGGUACCAUGUCCUCUGGCGAGUAACCUUUCCUCUGCGCACCUCCCAGCUUCUCAGAAGGAAACAUGUCCAAGGUGUGUUCCACGUGUCCUGGAGGCUGGAUGGUGGAGGAGGUCUGACCAUGUGAUCAUACUACAGCGUGGGUAGGAACUGUGGCAGAUCACUGGUGACAAAGAAGGGCCUUGGCAUUUCCUUGUAGAACUGACUCUAGACUGGUCCUAUUGGGUCUCUUUUAGCCUUUUUAGUUCAUAUUUGCCAUUCAGCUUGCAUCCUGCUCUGGGACUGACCAAAAAUGAGCAAAGUAUAUCACCUUCUGGAAAGCCAAAUGGGUUCCCAACACUACUGAUUUACCAUCGUUCAUGUAUUUAAUUGCCAGCUGCGCUUCGUGACUGCACUAUUAUGUAGUGCAUUUUAACUUAAUGUUUUCAGUAAGAUAUUAUUUAAGAUCUAUUCUUGAUAAUUCAUUAGAAUUAGUCCUCCUUCACGUGAAACAGGAUAAGUGUAAAAUGUUGUGAAAAAUGGUAUCUGUGGUUGCUAAUAAAAUCAUAGUAUUUUGUGUAGCUUCUCUGCAAAGACCUUAGAGACUGUUGGCUUUGGUUUAUAAGUCUGGGCAUUGUCAGCGUAUCUGAUCCAGAUGAGUAUUUCCUUGAGCAAUGCCUGGCUCCUGGCAUUUCUGCCUCUUCUCUGUCCCCUGCACUGGAUCAACUCAGCUUUGGUGGUGUUUCCCCCACUAUCCCCCUUGAACAAAUUCAUGAGAAAGUGUCGUUGGCAUUAUCAUCCCGUCUUGCCCAGACCUACAGUCCUAUCCCCACAGCAUAUCUCACCACACAUGCCACUUUAGGAACUGACGCUUUUGAAUUCACUUGUCUGGAUACCAUUUAGGGUGGGUGAUAAGUGCUCUAGUCGUAUGGCAUAGCCCUGGAUCACCCCAGUGUGUUUCCAGUCCUCACAAAAACUGGUAUUAAGGCUUUUAUGCUAACAUGAUGAGAAGCAUUUUGUGUGUGUGCCAUCCUAAUUUAAUUCUCACUACAUGUAAGGCAGGACAAUAUUAUCUGCAUUUUAUAGCUGAGGAAACUGAACUGCAGAGGUUAAAUAUUUUGUCCACGUUUACAUGUUGGAAGAGCUGGGAUUUGAACCCAAGUUGCCUGAAUCCAAAUCCUAUGGUCUUUAUACUGUUAAUGUUACCUCAUUGUAUCAUGCUGCUUCUAGAUAUUUUGUUCCUCUCUCUCCUUUAUCCACACCCUCACUUCACCAUCACUUUGUGGAUGAACAGGUAUUUUCCACAUGCCUGCCAGAAAUUUCAGCUGCCAAAGGACUAGGCUGCAGGGAGAUGGGCAGAUAGCCAUUGCUCUGCCAAGUUCUUCAUGAAACUUAGAGACAUGCAGAGACAGAGACAAGCCUGCCAGCAGGCCAGCAGUCACUUAGCUGCUAGUCACUGAUAACAUCUGUAUUAUAACUGAGGACAGAGGUCUGUGCUUGGCUUGGAGUGAGGCAGACAGGAUGAAGGAGGAGAGGAGGGACUGUCAGCCGAGGUCUAAGGCUAUGCAAGAACAGAAGGAAAGAGAGCCGUGGAUAUGUAUCCAAUGAAAGUGCAGGGUCCAUUGUAUGAUCUGCAAGGCAUCGUUAAAGAUUUCCAAGAUGCUCUGCCUUCAUUCAUUCACUAUUGAGCACCCACCAACUGCUUGGGCCAGGCUAGGUGCUCAGAACUUAUCUCUGCCUGCCUUCAAGGAACACAAAGUUUAGCAAAGGAGGUAGCAAGCCAAUUGGAGAUUUGAGUAGCUUGUUAAAACACAAAUUGCUGGGACUUCCCUGGUGGUGCAGUGGUUAAGAAUCCGCCUGGCAAUGCAGGGGACACAGGUUCAAUCCCUGGUCUGGGAAAAUCCCACAUGCCACGGAGCAACUAAGCCCGUGUACCACAACCACUGAGCGUGCAUGCCACGACUACUGAAGCCUGUGCUCCUAGAGCCUGUGUUCUGCAGCAAGAGAAGCCACCACAAUGAGAAGCCAGAGCACCACAAUGAAGAGUAGUCCCCCUGCGCGCAGCAAGGAAGACCCAAUGCAGCCAAAAAUAAAUAAUUAAAACAAACAAACAAAAACAACCACAAAUUGCUUGGUUCCAUCCCCACAGUUUUUUAUUCAGUAACUCUGAGAAUUUGCAUUUCUAACAAGUUCCCAUGCUUGUUAUGCUGAUGCUGCUGGUCUGGGGACCACACUUUGACAACCACUGAUCCAAACCAACUGAAAUAUGUUCUAUAGUAAAAUGAAGUGUGGAUUGGAUUGCUGAGGGAGCAUAGAGAAGGAAGAGAUGAAUUCUGCCUGGGAGAAUUCUAGAGUGGCCUUGAAGGAUGGAUAGGAUUUUGCCCAGCUACAGUGGAGGAGAAUAACGAAACACGGAACAGCUUGCGUGAAGACCCUGGUGCUCAGAAGGGGUCGGAUCUUUGAGUAGUUGAGCUGGCUGGAACCCAGGUGGUAUGUGAAGGGUGUGGAGGAGACAGGAACUUAUACUGCAAGGAAGAUAGGAAGGGAGUGAGAGUUCAAACUUUGGUACAGAGAGCCAGCGAAGGAUUUCAGGCAGGUAAGUGGCGGACUUAAGAGUUGUGUUUAGAGAACUUUCUAAAAAUAAGAUCUAUAGCUCAUGGCUCCACACCAGACCUGAACUGGAAUCUCUUCAGUUGGCAAUGCAUAUUUAAGCAUCCCAAGCAAUUUUUGACCCACCCAAAGUUUUGAGGAGGGACUGGAGAAAACAAAGAACUGAAGCUGGAUCAGUUAGGGAGCAGGUGUAAAAGGAUAGAAAAGAUUUAAAA